AUGAGUUCAUAUACGACUCAAACGUGGCCACAUCAACACCAUAGUUCGAUGGGACAACAUUCGCAUGUUCCAAGUGGAUCGACCUUGUCAAAUAGUCCUCUUUUGGCGUCCGCUUAUUCGCCACAACAGGCAUCGAUUAAUAGAAGGAAAACUCAGAUGGUAGUUGGCAUAGAUUUUGGAACGACAGAAAGUGGAUUCGCUUUUUGUCCUCGACCUUUAAAUAAUGAACAAAUAAAUGUUAAUACUAUUGAAACAAAUUCUACAUGGCCUGGACGUUAUGGACAAUUCAAGACUAAUACCGCAUUAGAGUACGACAAUAACUGGAAUGUCACGAAUUGGGGUUAUCCAGCAUUAUCACAACGACCAGUUUUGAAAACAAAAGGUGGCGGACAAGUAUCGGAUAGAAAACCCGUAGAAUUGUUUAAGUUACAUUUAGGCGAUAUCCCAGAAGAUGAAAAGCCACUUUUACCGCCCGGGUUAAAUUAUCAGAAAGCAAUCACGGAUUAUCUUCGUGAACUGGGAAAAUCGAUCAGAGCAAAAUUGGAGCAAAAUUGGCCACGACUUGAUUUCUACAAUGAUGUUGAAAUAGUGAUGACUGUGCCUGCGGAAUUCAUUGAAAACACAAAAACCAUUAUGCGAAAAUGUGCUUUUGACGCGGGAUUAAUAAAUAACCAACAUUCAGAAAAUCUAACGUUUACAACAGAACCGGAAGCAGCAGCGAUAUAUUGUCUACAUUUCGUCAACAAUUAUCAAUUAAGAGAUCACGAGCCAUAUAUGAUUGUGGACUGUGGAGGUGGUACAGUGGAUUUAACAACACGAACGUUAUUGCCAGGAAAACAAAUCAGUGAAGUUACUAUGCGUACAGGGG